CGUCGGUCGAGAAAAUGAACGGAGCGCACUGGCUGAUAACCGCCACUGUGCUGUGAUGCAAGAAUUGGCAGGAGCACACAAAGGAGGACUUUGAUGAUGAUGAACAGCAGAGUUGGUGGUGGUGGUGGUGGUGGUGGUGGUGGUGGGAGAGUGCGCGUGAGUGCACUGCCGUUGCUGGCAGUGGUGGUGUUUGCAGUGUUGGCCACAGUGGCGUGGGUGGGGGACAGCGUCUCUGUCACAGGAGGACCAAACCCAGACGCGACGCCCAUCCCACUGUUCCAGGCAUACACGAACGCGCUGCCAGAGGACCUCCUGGACAUGCUCAUGGAGGAUGCCUUGCUGUACGACAAGAUGGCCAAGUCCGGUGGCAACCUCAAGUUUGGCAAGCUGCCAACGACGUGGUAUCCGCUGGUAGGCGACGAUUAUCGGCCACCUCGCUUUGCGUCUGAGGUUGCCAUCAGCUUCCUGCGUGACCUUGACUUCCCGGGCGACUUGCUGCACGAGCACGGCGUCAUCGGUGCCGAGUGGUGGUAUCAGGUUCGGGACAGGGACGAGAACAUUGGAUUCCACUUUGACAAGGACGAGGCAGUCGCCUCACUGGAGAUGCGGCUCUCUCAUCCGGUCUUGUCCACCGUCACAUACCUCUCCAACACGGGAGGACCAACCCUCAUCUUCAACCAGUCGUCCAUUGACGGCAACGACAACCAGCCCACAAUACCAGAGCUUGGCGCGCUCUCCUUUCCCGCGCGCAACAAACACAUCAACUUCCACGGAAAUCUCUUGCAUGGUGUCGUGGGUUCGCUCACAAACGCUCCCCAAGGAGUGACACAACGAAGAGUCACGUUUCUUGUCAACUGGUGGAGCGUGAAAGCGCAACCGCCCAACUGCCAGCCGCUCUCGCGCGAUCAAAUCCGGCAGUUUGAAGAGAUUUCACGUGGUGCCGUCGCGCUCAUUGACCAGAAGGCAUUCCAUUCUGCCCACCCGUCGGCACUUGUUGACGUCACAUCACCAGACGAAGCUGCGCAAAUCAGCGACGAUGAGUACUUCACCGUCACGCUCACCCCAGAGGAACGAACACACAUCUGGUGGAACCACUCCCUGCCCUCUGAUGGGACGUAUCAAAUCCGCUGGAAGGGCGAUGCGUUGCUUGGCGGCGUGAGCGUGCUGGACUUGUACGAAGGCCCGUCUGUGCGCCGCGUGUUCUCAACGCCAAAGCCAAAGCUGUUUCUCUUCUAUGAUGAGAACAAGCACAACUUGUGGGAGCUCGAGAAGUUGUUUCUCCCCGCCGUCAAGCCGCACGCCGACGCCUUUCUCAUGUUCACCGCAGAGCGCAAGAAGACAAAGGAUGCCAUGAACACGUUGGGAAUUGUUGAUGGGGAUUUGCCAACUGUCGCAAUCCACGACACAACCGAUGACAACAAGGCCGUCAUGACAGGUAUAUUCUCGCGCGCACGUGUGGAAGAUUUCAUUGCUCGGUUUAGGAAGCAGCACUCAAGCGAGCAGCAACAGGAACAGACACAAGACGAUCAAGAGGAGAAGGAGGAGGAGAAGGAGGAGGACAAGUACCAAGACGAGUAGUUGCCGCUGGUGGCGGCGGUGGGUGACGGUGAAUGAAGGAGAGAGAGAGAAAGGGGAGCGAAGAAGUAACGGAAGAAACUGACACAUGGAUGCGUUGAACACAACACAAUACAACGACUCUCAAGUGGUUUUCACAGAAACGGAAGCAUUGUUCUUCGUCCCGUGUGACAUGAC